GAGCCUGCUCAACGACGUUGUGCGGCGGAAGGGCUUCGCGCAACCUCGGACAGACGUCAUCCUUUGCAAGGACGACCUGCCAAAAGAGGCUGCCAAGGGCCAGAGCUGGUUCCAGGGGGUGAUUUCUCUGCCCGAGUUGGGCCUCCAGGUGCACGGUGCAAUGGCCACGAACAAGUCGGAGGCGCAGCAACAGGCUGCCAUGAAAAUGCUGCAGAGGUUGCAGCAGGAAGCUGAAUCUGCGGGGGCCGUGUGGCAGCACCCUCUCUGCAAGUCGGCCAUGGCACCAGCC